UGAGACUUCCCCUAGGGAUGAAACAGGCUGGAGUCCUGUCCCGGCCGGGAAGCCCGGGGCCCGCUUUGUUAUGCUAAUGCACUCUGACAUCACCCGGCCGAUCAAAGCUGCCAGGACUUCUUAUAAGCAGGUUCCUGGCCGCUGUUAGGAGCCAGAGGCUGCAGGAGCAGGGCCAGGACGAGUGGGCGCGCAGUUCGGGGAGAGCGGCGAGGAGCUCAGGCUGGGAGGAGGCGCAGCUGUGGUGACCCGCACCCCCACUCCCACCCCUCUCCUCCUCCGGCUAGGACAGAGCGGUAAUUCCCGCUACCUGAACCAAAGCUUCCUACUGCCCUCUCCCUCCCGCGCCCUGGGAGAUGUCUACGCCCUAGGCUGGGAGGCUCGGGCAGCGGUAGAGACUUUUUGCCUCUGCCCUUGGAGGGGCGCUGCGGCAGAGGCGGGGGACAGCAGCCUCACUGUCGCGGGGCAGCGGAGCCGCCGGCUACCCCUGCGGAGAAAGGUUUCCUCGCGGACCAAAAAAGAGCUGCUUCAGAGCGGAGUAUCCGAGCCCGAGGAAGGACCUCUGGGGAAAGCCUCCCUCUCUCCCUCCGGGGAGGAAAAUGAAGGCGAAGGUGCAGUUUCUUUGGACCGUUUUCCUGUCUCUGGUUUUGCAGACCGGGCUUGGCUACGCGAUUAAAUGGCUUGCCCUGUCCAAGACACCCUCGGUACUGGCCCUGAACCAGACUCAGCACUGCAAACAGCUGGAGGGACUGGUGUCCUCCCAGGUCCAGCUCUGCCGGAGCAAUCUGGAGCUGAUGCAAACCAUCGUGCAGGCAGCCAGAGAGGCUAUGAAGACCUGCCGGAAGGCCUUCUCCGACAUGCGGUGGAACUGCUCCUCCAUCGAGCGCGCCCCCAACUACCUGCUGGACUUGGAAAGAGGGACGCGGGAAUCCGCCUUCGUGUACGCCCUCUCUGCCGCUGCCAUCAGCCACACCAUCGCCAGGGCCUGCACCACUGGGGACCUUCCUGGCUGCUCCUGUGGCCCCGUCCCAGGUGAGACACCUGGGCCCGGGUACCGAUGGGGAGGAUGUGCUGACAACCUCAACUACGGUCUCCUCAUGGGGGCCAAAUUUUCAGACGCUCCCAUGAAGGUGAAAAAAACAGGAUCCCAGGCCAAUAAGCUGAUGCACCUUCACAACAGCGAAGUAGGGAGACAGGCCCUGAGAGCAUCCCUAGAGAUGAAGUGUAAAUGUCACGGGGUCUCUGGCUCUUGUUCCAUCAAGACUUGCUGGAAGGGUCUGCAGGAGCUCCGAGAUGUGGCCCAGGACCUCAAGACCAAAUACUUGUCAGCUACCAAGGUGGUGCAUCGACCCAUGGGCAACCGGAAACACCUGGUGCCCAAGGACCUGGACAUUCGGCCUGUGCAGGACACAGAGCUUAUCUACCUGCAGAGCUCCCCUGACUUCUGCAUGAAGAACGAGAAAGUGGGAUCCCACGGGACACAGGACAGACAAUGCAACAAGACGUCCAACGGCAGCGACAGCUGUGACCUCAUGUGCUGCGGCCGAGGCUACAACCCUUACAUGGACAAGGUGGUGGAAAGGUGUCACUGUAAAUACCACUGGUGCUGCUAUGUCACCUGCAAGAAGUGUGAGAGGAUCGUGGAGCGCUACGUCUGCAAAUGAAGCUGGCGGCUGCCCGCCUGCCCGCCCAGGCCCCGGCCCUGGCGCGGCUUUGGCCCCUGCGGCUCAGGGCAGGAGAGGGGCCGGGGGCCAAGCCCUGGCCCCCCUCGGUCCUCGCCCCUCCCCCCAGGUAUCCUGCCAGAUUCCAGACUUCCAGGCUGACAGGUGGGGUGAGGGAGGGAGAAUUCACCAAGAAGGACGGGGACCUCGUGGGAAGGAAAACCAAACAGACUGUUUCUUAAAAAUUGCCAUCAAGGGUCCCUCCCUUCUUUUAUUUUUCCUUUCCUACAUUGAGGAAGAUACCUGCCUAGAAGGGCCCUCAAAACCUUCUAAGUAGCCUUUGCCUACAUGGUAGGAAACUGGGGUGGGGAGAAAAUAGAGACUCUUAAUACCCUGGGGUCAGGGGUCCACUCUGGCCAUCCAGUUGUCUCCUAAGGGUGAGGGGUUGGGUGGAAUGUCAAUGUCAUUGGCCGCAAAGAGUACUAAGAGGGGCCACAAGGAGAAGGAGGAGGAAGAGGAAAAGAAAGAAAAGGAGGAGGAGGAGGAGAAGGUGGAGGAGGAGAAGGAGAGAAAACUGACUCCAAAUAAUCCUGGAAGUGGACUGUCAUCUCUUCCAUCCUUGGGAGGGGGAGGAGAAGGGGGAGGCAAGGACAUUCAGGGUCUGGCUGUGGAGGAAACUAAGGACAUAGCAACAUGGGG